GGGACAGUUACAUCAGUUCCUGUGUGCACCUCUAAAUGAACGACGUGCGCUGCUGCUGCUUCACGAUACUUAUUCGCAGGACGCAGCAGAAUAGCCAUAAAUUGCGUCGGAGGUGUUGCUGGGAACUGAGAUCAACAUAAAGACGUCACUUCGCGCUCGGGUUGGUUUAGCUGUGGCGAGGCAAAGUGCGCAGCUUUUCUCCUGAUCUACAAUAACAACACGCUCCUCCAGGAGCAGCGGUGGCACCAUGACCGAGGAUAACGCUGGGCUUUUGGAGAGAUCUCCUCGCCUCGUGGACGUAAGAUCUGCGUCAGACCCAUAGCGAAAGCGAGCCUUUAAAACUGCUUUGCCCUGGAGAGCGGAUUGGAUCGUAUUGCGCAAAGAAGGACUAAAGACGUGCAUUUGAAGAGCCAUGGAGGAAACGACUACAGCUGCUCCACCCACUGGCCCUGGCACCAUCCCCUCCGCACCACGACCCCCCGCUCCCCCCUGCGCCCUGUCCCGCAGCCUGGUGGAGUGGAGACGCAGAGUCAAGUCUGAAUACAUGCGCCUACGCCAACUUAAACGCCUUAAGAAAGCAGAGCAGGUCAAGAACCUGUUCAUGGCAAACAGACAGAAGAUUGAGGAGCAGACUAAUGUUUUAAAUACAGAAUGGUCAAAGCUCAGAAUUCAAGCCAUUCCCGUGUCAACAUCCAUUGGAGCCCUGCCCAGCAAAAAGAUGUGCUCGGUGGAGUUUGGCUACCCGUCCUUCAAGCCUCAGUCAGUUCCUUUGAGACCACUGUCUACUGUGGCAGCCAUUCCCUUCAUGUACUCCUGGUCACCUCUGCAGCACAACUUCAUGGUGGAGGAUGAGACUUUUCUUCAUAACAUCCCGUACAUGGGCGAUGAAGUCCUGGAACAAGAUGAGGCCUUUUUGGAGGAGCUCAUUGACAACUACGAUGGUGUCCAUGGCGACAGAGAGGGUGGAUUUAUCAGCGAUGAGGUCUUUAAGGAGCUGGUCGAGGCCUUGAGCCAAUACCCUGAUCAAGAGGAAGAGGAGGAGGAGUCGGCUGCACCAGAGACAGUUGUGAAGAAGGACGACGAGCGGAUUCUGAGGAGCAGUUCUGCAGUGGAAGCAUCAGACGACAUCAGACCUGCCGUUGUGCCAUUUAGCAGGAGGAAGAGGAGAAGUACUACAGAGGCAAGAGACCUGUCCACCUGUAAGGCCAUUCCCAAUGAUAAGAUAUUUACAGCCAUCGCUUCAAUGUUCCCCUACAAGGGCAGCACAGAGGAGCUGAAGGAGAAGUACAGAGACUUAUUGGAGCCUCCUAACCCAGUGAAGCUGCCUCCUCUCUGCACUCCCAACCUGGAUGGACCCUACGCCAAGUCAGUGCAGAGAGAGCAGUCUUUGCACUCCUUUCACACUCUCUUCUGCAGACGUUGCUUCAAAUAUGACUGUUUCCUCCAUCCUUUCCAUGCCACGCCGAACGUUUACAAGAGGAAGAGCAAAGAAAUCCGCAUGGAGACGGAGCCGUGCGGAGACAACUGCUUCUUGUUACAGAAAGGGGCAAAAGAGUUUGUGGAGCAGAACAUGCUGAGGUCCCAAAGGUCCCGGAAGAGAAAGAAGGCUCCACGUUCCACCGGCUCCAGCUGCCCUGGGCCGUCCAACGAGGAGGGCAAAGAGGGCGACAGUGACCACGAGACCACCUCUUCCUCUGAGGGGAAUUCUCGGUGCCAGACGCCCACUAAAGUGCGUGUGGGAGAGGAGGAGGCGGAGCCUCAGGGCUGCUGUGUGGAGUGGAGCGGAGCAGAGGAGUCUCUCUUCAGAGUCCUUCACGGCACAUAUUUCAACAACUUCUGCUCCAUCGCACGCCUCAUCGGCACCAAGAACUGCAAAGAGGUAUAUGAGUUUGCUGCAAAGGAAGUCUUGAUCCAUAGAGUUCCUCUGGUGGAUGGCGGCAUCUCUCCUCAAAAGAAGAAAAGAAAACACAGGUUAUGGGCAAAGAUCCAGCUAAAGAAAGAUAACUCAUCCAAUCAGGUGUACAACUACCAGCCAUGUGACCACCCGGACCACCCAUGUGACAGCUCCUGCCCCUGCGUCAUGACCCAGAAUUUCUGUGAGAAGUUCUGCCAGUGCGAGACCGAGUGUCAAAACCGGUUCCCAGGCUGCAGGUGUAAGACCCAGUGUAACACAAAGCAGUGCCCGUGUUACCUGGCCGUGAGGGAGUGCGAUCCAGAUCUGUGCAUGACGUGUGGGGCGGCCGACCACUGGGACAGCAAGGUGGUGUCCUGCAAGAACUGCUCCAUCCAGAGAGGCCUCAAGAAGCACUUGCUCUUGGCUCCUUCUGAUGUGGCCGGUUGGGGCACCUUCAUCAAAGAACCUGUCCAGAAAAAUGAGUUUAUCUCGGAGUACUGUGGAGAGCUCAUCUCCCAGGAUGAGGCGGACCGUCGUGGGCGGAUAUAUGAUAAAUACAUGUCCAGUUUCCUUUUCAACCUGAACAAUGACUUUGUUGUUGAUGCCACUCGUAAAGGCAACAAAAUUCGCUUUGCAAAUCAUUCGGUCAAUCCCAACUGUUACGCAAAAGUGGUGAUGGUGAACGGGGACCACCGGAUAGGGAUCUUUGCCAAACGAGCGAUACUGCAAGGAGAGGAGCUCUUCUUUGACUACAGAUACAGUCAAGCGGACGCCCUCAAAUACGUCGGGAUCGAGCGCGAGGUGGAGAUGACUUAGUCUGCCGUCUCUGUCCAUAACUUUUCAUCUGCCUGCCCCAUCAUCAUCAUCAUCAUCGCCUCUGCAGUGUCACACAUGGCCAGCAGGGGUCUGUGCCCACCCCCCUCUCUCAUUGCUGCAUUUCCAAAAAUAGCCCACGUCCCUCCCUGGUGUAUUGCAGGUGCCUGUUCAUUGAAGCUCUCCAUUUUGUGACAACCCAAGCUACAGUACUGUAACCAAGCUUAUCCAACAUUGUAAGCUAAAAAAAAAUACUAUCUAUCUGUAUGGUUCUAAUGCACUAAAGAAUAUACAAUGUUAUUUUUAUCUGUUGAAAAAAAUAAGACAUUUUAGACUGGGUUUGGUUUUAUGUCAGCGCAAGUAAUAAUACGGUAAUGCAUGUGCUAUCUUCUCCCAUAGUUACUAAGGCUUUUCUCCGGCGCUCUGUGGUCGUUAAUGUGAUGUUAACUUAAAGUGGAACGCAACAAAGUCAAUUUCUUUUGCAGCAGCGCCAACACUGUCUACAGUAUAUGCUAAAAUAAGCUAACGUGCAUCUAUAUAUCUACAAAAAAGGCAGACAAGAACCGACUGACUGAAUGUAACCAUAGGAGAUGGAGAAAACGAGGCGAGAAUCUGAAGACUUGAAGUGACGUAAUACAUAAACGACUCAUUUCCCACUUAGAGCACGCGGAAAUUUUAACAUUUUGAUUUAAUUUUGAUGCUCUUUCUUACUUAACAAGCACAUUUUUGGAUCCCAACUAACUUUGACAAUUAGAAUGAAAAAAAAUAUGUCAAACUGAUAAUGACAUAACUUCACUUCCUGGCAGUCCUAAAAUGGCCCCGCCCCCUUACCCCUCCUGCAACUAAAAAGCCCAAUAAUAUAAUGACUAAAUGCCCUUUUAAUACCAUCGAUUGUAUAAAAAUAUUCAAUGUGGAACAGCUCCAACGAUGCUUUUAGACACUAUAAUUUAUUUAUUUUACUUUUGUAAUGUAUUGAUCCAAGCAGGCAUAUAGAUGAAAAUAUAUAAGUAAUUAGUGUGAUGAUUAGAAAAUUAUUAAUUACACUUUAUUUCUUCAUUUGUCAUGUUUGGACGAGUGAUGUCACUUUUAACGCUAUAGCACUUAAAACAAAGGCACUUAACCUCGUUUUGCACUGACUGAAUCCUCUUUGUAAUACUGCGUCUGUAUUAAAGUGAUUAGAUUUUGGAUUAUGUCACUUUAAGCCUCUAGAUUCUAGCCUCUCACGGUCAAUGAUCUCAUUCCUGUUUUGAUUUUAAAAGUUAACCCAUUGUAUUGGUACAUGGUAUCUAGCACUUAAGAUGUUUACAUUACGUUAGGCCUUAGAGGCAAGUAACAAACUAAUUAACCUGUUGUCUUCCUAUGAAAUUAAAAUGAAGUGCCAAAAUGAAUCCACAUAAAACAGCUGUUACACUGUGGAUCUAUUGCAUCAUUGACAGAUUUAAGAGGUUUUAACAGUAUAUCAAAUCAAAUCUAUCUGUUUUUGACCAAAAAUAAAUUCCCCUGAUGUGAAUGUAACAUACCAUACAGAUACUGUUACUGAAGUCAUUUUUUUUUUAUUUAAAAACACACAUUGAACUGAGAUCUUUAAAUGGAAAUGAUCAAAUGGAGUUUACUGUUAUAUACAGCGUAUGCCUACAAAAUAAAAGUCUAACUUUAUACAUUAAA